GCCGCCAAACUAAAGGCCUGAUUCUGGCCAUCACGUGGAAUGGACCUCCUGGUAGGAUGGCAUCUGCAGGAUGCCCUCUCUUGCAGAACACAAUGACUGGUUGGGUAAGUGGGAGAUGUUUGUAUGCUUCUGUGGCUGUCACAUGCCUACUGUGAAUAAUGCCUUGAUUUAUCCCCUAACCAGGCAUCUUCUCCAUCGUGGUCCCAUUGUACCUCAUAGAGAUCUCCCCACUGAACAUGAGGGGAGCCAUUGGCAUGCUGCCUCACUUCUUUCUAGCUGUAGGUGUCCUCCUGGCUCAGACACUCUCUUUUCCUGAAAUGCUGGGGAACGAAGAAGAUUGGCCAAUACUGACAAGUGUCCCUGGAAUACUGGCAUUAUUUCAGACCAUUGCCGUUCCUUCCUUCCCCGAAAGCCCCAGGUAUCUACUGAUUCAGAAAAAUGAUGAAGAAAAGGCCAUGCUAGCCUUGCAGAAGCUGAGGCACAAUGAGGAUGUGCAGGAGGAGAUAGAAGAGCUGCAGCAGGAGAAGAUGGCUGAGAAGACGGAGAAGAGCAUGAACUCACUUAAGCUGCUGUGCUUCCCAAGCCUGCGGUGGCAAGUCAUCUCAGUCAUUAUCUUGAUGUGUGGCCAACAGCUCUCUGGAGUCAACGCAGUAUACUUUUAUACAGAGAGAAUCUACCUGUCUACAGGAACUGACCUAAAUAAUCUCCCAUACAUCCGUUUAGCAUCAAGCGUUGCCAUCAUCAUUUCAGUCUUUGUCGGGAUAUUUUACAUUGACUCAAUGGGGCGAAAGUUCCUGCUGCUCCUUGGUUUUGGCAUGUGCACCAUCCUCUGCGUCGUAUUAACCAUGAACUUUGAACUUCAGGGAGAUGCCUUGUGGAUGUCUUACGUCAACGCGCUCCUCAUCAAUAUUUUCCUCAUAGGACAUGCCGUCGGACCCAGUGCUCUUCCCAACCUGAUAAUAGCAGAGAUUUUCCUUCAGUCCUCACGGUCCUCAGCCUAUGUGGUCGGGGGAUUUGUGCAUUGGUUCCUAAACUUCUUCAGCAUUGUGACCUUCCUCAACAUACAGAAAUACAUCGGAUUCUUCAGCUUCCUCAUCUGCUGUCCGAUAUGUGCUGCCACCUUCUUUUUCAUCUUAAAGAUGAUCCCAGAAACCACGCACCAGACUUUUCUGGAAAUCAGGAAGCAACUGCCCAUCUACGUGGCCCAAAGGCAAAUCACCAAGAUGGAGCGAAUGCCGAGGAGAAGCACCAGGCGGGCGUUGGGGGAGGGGCAAAACCCCGUGUAGAAUUUGAUUAUAAACAUUUAUAAUCGAGCCAUGAUCCCAAGGGAAUCUCUACGGUUGUCCUUCAGCUGUCUCAGCACCGUUGACACGCCAGUAUUGAGGUUUUGCCUCGGUUAAUUCAUUGCCCACCCUCCACCCUAAAGUGUGGGCUCCAAACUUAAGUGGGAUCCGAAAAAUACACAUCUAAAGGGUCAAAAGCCCAGGUAGAGAGGUGCGUCUUCCACAUUUGAUAGAAACUGCAUAA